AUGGAUAUUCAAGGCACCCCUCUUCCUCACACCAGCCGCGGCACCAAGGUCACCAACGACCCUCGCUCACAACAGCGCAUCAAAGAACCGUCGGGCCCUGUUACCAACGACUCGCUUGCCGCUGAGUCUGUCUGCCAAGGUGGUGGCUUCUCUGGCAACCGUGGCGCAGAGGCCAUGGGCGUCUCAGGAAACCAAUCCACAGUAAAGAACAGCAACACCUCCGCCUCCAUUAAACUUCCCUCUACCCCAGCUGGCUACCAGCGUCACGACCGUCAUGAGGAACAGAAGUACCCCGAAUGUGUGGUUGGCCAGGGCAAGUUCCCUGGCACACAUCUAGACAACUCUGGCUACUCCGGUGGCUCAACUGCGGCCAAGAAGGAAAUGGGCAUCAAAGCUGGGGAAUACUCUUCUGCCAGCGGCAGUAGUGGUCACAGUCAGCAGAAUGAUGUGGCCAGAAUCCAAAAGGGUGGCUUCCCCUCCGAUAAUGCUAAGAAUGUUAGCUUCAACUCGGAACUGGGCUCCAGCCAGGACCCUGCCCGUGAAUCUAUCAACCAGUUCCAGCGCAGCAACGCCGGUUCUGCUUAUAGUUCUGGUCAUCCCGAACAGAAGCGUGUGGAUGAUCGAAAUCAAUACGACCAAUUGGAGAGUGACCAGCGCGCUUAA